AUGAAGAAAUCGGCACUGUUGUCCAUAGACGCUUUUGCCAAAACAGAAGAAGAUGUACGUAUACGUACGAGAACUGGAGGUAUUAUUACAGUCUCUUGCAUAGUAGCAACAAUUAUGUUGCUACUCAGUGAAUGGUUUCAUUUUAACGAGGUAGUGACCAGACCCCAAUUGGUUGUUGAUAGAGAUCGUCACUUAAAGCUAGACUUGAAUCUAGAUGUGACAUUCCCACAUAUUCCAUGCGAUUUGCUGAAUAUGGAUAUCAUGGAUGCAGCAGGUGAACUGCAACUUGAUUUAUUGCAAAGCGGUUGGAGUAAGACCAGAAUCGAUGCUUCUGGAAACGAGAUUGGUACCAAGAAAUUCCAGAUUAGCGAUGAAGUUUUCGAUUCCGAACCAGAAGGUGAAGACUAUUGCGGUGAUUGCUAUGGUGCGAAAGAUCAAACAAGAAACGAUGACGUGGCGCCUGCCGAACGGGUUUGCUGCCAAACAUGCGAGGACGUUCGUAAUGCGUACAUCGCCGCUGGCUGGGCAUUUUAUGAUGGUAAAAAUAUAGAACAAUGUGAACGUGAGGGUUACGUUGAAAGGAUCAAUCAGCAUUUGACUGAAGGUUGUAGGAUUAAAGGUAAAGCUCAAUUGAACAGAAUCGAGGGUAACAUGCACUUUGCUCCCGGCAAAGCCUUCCAAAAUGCAAGAGGACACUACCAUGAUACGUCGCUUUACGUCAAGACACAAGAUUUGAACUUCAACCAUAUAAUUCACGAGUUGAGUUUUGGUAAGAACGUUAAGACUCCAGAUACAGGAGGCGUUUCCGCUUCUCCAUUAGAUGGUCGCCAGGUCUCGCCAGACUAUGAUACCCACUUUUAUCAGUACUCUUAUUUCGCGAAGAUUGUCCCCACAAGAUAUGAAUAUCUAAACGGUGACAAAGUCGAAACAACUCAAUUCAGCGCUACAUACCACGAACGUCCAUUGCAAGGUGGACGAGAUGAUGACCAUCCUACAACUGUGCAUACAAGAGGAGGAAUUCCUGGUGUUUUCAUUUACUUUGAAAUGUCUCCUUUAAAAGUUAUAAACAAAGAACAACACGCACAGACAUGGUCUGGGUUCAUAUUAAACUGCAUCACCAGCAUCGGUGGUGUUUUAGCCGUAGGAACGGUCAUCGAUAAGGUUGUCUAUAAGGCACAACGUUCUAUCUGGGGCAAGAAGAGCCAAUAA